AACGCUGCAGAACACCAGAAACAUGGAUCGACCAGAAGAUCCGAGCUCUUCAGCUUCAGAGAAGAUGCCUGAGGGAGACAAAAUGGACGACUGUGGCUCUCCAGAAGAAAUGGAUGUCUCUACAGAAGAAAAUAUUGAAGGAGGAAAUCAGGCUGGAGGGCCCACUGGAGAGCCACCUUCCCAGGUCAACCAAGCCAAAAACAGGAGUGCUGCUAUGGCAACGGAUACGCAGCCAGGAGGUGGAAAAAAGCCAAAGCCAAGCUCUGAAAAAUCACGACGUAGCAUAGAUUUACAGGCUGAAGAAACUGGAAGGUGCUCAAUGAAGUGUCCAAAAUGUAAAUUUCAGUUUGUUCCAUUUGUCAAAUUCAUUAAGAAGAAAAAUGAACAGGGUGAAUUCAGUAUUGAUCUUCACACAGAGAGCAAAGACACUCUGUUCUUCACGGACAAGUUAGCUUGUCAAAAACAGGCUCCAGAUACUAAAGUGAAUUGUCCAAACUGUAAAUAUAGUUUUCUUUACAAAAGAGUUGCUACAAGUGUUAAUAACAACAUGGGUGGAUUUGACAUUAAUUUGUCCAUCAACAUUCCUGAGGAGGUCCAGCAGCAAGGCAGAACUGGGGAUGAUCAACCUGCAUCAAAAGGUAAGUCAGGUGCUAGUGGUAUGCAAUCAGUAAAUGAGGUGCAGGAAGAGCAAGGAAUGGAGCAAGAUCAUCCCAAACCUUCAGCAGAGCCAACAGGAAGUAAGACUGAUGAAUCUUCUUCGGGUUUUUUCCAAGAGUUGUGGAAUAGGUUUCCAGCAAUGAACUCAUUCAAAUCAAAAACAUCUGAGUGGUCAAAUCCAACCAUUAAGGUCUGCUGCAUAAACACUGCUGAGGCCUUUGAUGCUGAUGUUGCCUUUAUGAAAGCAGUGAAGAACAACAAAGGAAAAUCACCAAAAGUGGAAGAAACAAGUGUGGAUGAAUGCAGCCUCAUCAUUAUCUUCUGUCCAGUCAGCUUGUGUCGUACAUCAGAUGUAAAAUCAGCCAUGGAAAAUACCAGAGUCUCAUCGUCUGGUAAACCAGUGAUUCUGGUUCUGAUGCAUCACACCAGAGACGUCGACUAUUCCACUGCAGGAUUUAACUGGUGUGAAGAGUUGAAAAAUGUUGUGCUUCCUGUUCAUGUCUUUUAUCAUGACUCUGUAAAUGGAUUACUAGAAUGUAGACAAAAUACAGAGGCGAUUGAGGCCAUUCAACAAGAACUGCUAAAAUACAAACAGUAGAGAACCUUUGGUUUUAGUUUGCUAUAUCAGUCUUGUUGUCGUUGUUUUAUUUUCCUUGAUAAGUCCCAACAGGGACCACACUAACAUGUCAUCAUUUGCUGAUUGUAUAAAACAGGAAAAAUCUACAAUUCCAUAGCUUCUGACGCCAAACAGCAAUUUUCUCUUCCAGCUGCUUUCAAUUCUGGUUCUGAUAGGAUGUAUUUUACAACAAACUACAAGCUUCUUCUGAUUCUACAGAGGUUUCAGGGCUUAAACCAAUCAGUAAUUUAAAGACAACAGUAGCAGAAGAUAAACAUCUGUAAUGGAGAUGUUCUGGACCAGUUGUGUUCCUGAGUUAACGUCAUGUUGUAACACUGCAGUCAACUUCCUGUUUCCUGGAUAACUUCCUGUGAUGUAAUCCUGCUCCCCUUCUCAAGCCUCCACAUUCAGCCGCUUCCAGUUUUUUCAUGUCAAAGGAGCUUUUCCUUACAGACCCCGAAACUUUCAAUGUUAUUUAGUUCUGAAAAUGGAAAAUGUGAAACUUGUAAAUAAUUGUUGUAGAAACAGUGGUUAUGAAUAACUGAACUUAAAGAGAGGAAACUGUAAACGUUCUUCCUGAUUAAGAUGAUGUAAUGUUAAUGCGUUUAUUUUUGACUUCUGCUCCUUCACUGUUAGACAGAAACACAGAUGACUGAAAAAAAACUGGAAAAUCUGCUGUUUUAUUUUACUUUCCGUCCGUUUUUGAUGCUUUAUGCUCAUCUCCAUCUGCACCAGAAUGCUCCAUAAGUGAUAGACAUGAAAGGGAGCGGCACAGAUUAUAUUGUUGUCACCUAUAAUUUCACUGCUCAGACCCGUUUGUGUCACAUCGACAUGUUAGAACUGUACAAUGACCGAGAUGAAACUUCCCUGGACCCUGUUGGUGGACUAAAGACAGCUGUGUUCCAGCUGUGUGGACACACACUGCAAAGCUCCUUAAAAAGCCUGAAAUCUUGUAUAACCUUCAAUUAUGUUUUAUGCAUUUGACAAAAGUUCAUAGAAACAAACCUGGACUCUUUCUUAUUUCCCAGUUAGUCAAAUUUUUUUUUUUUUUUGCAGAAAUUCAGCCUUAAGAGAUAAAACAUUUUUGUGCCUUUCUAGAAAAUCAUAUUUCUGAUGAUUCCACAACAAGUCAAACAGGAUCUGGUUUGGGAAUGCACUUCUUAAAUUUAGACAGGACUUGGUCAACUAAGGGAAAAGCUAUGAACUAGUUUUUCUUCUGGACCAUAACAUUUACACAUUGUUCAGAUAGAGUUUGGAUUUUAAGUAGGGAAAUCUAUGAAGAACACCAAGCUGAUCAGAUUGGAAAGAAAAUUUCAGCUGUAGGCAUCAAAAAAGAGAAGUCAUUAAAAAAGAGAUUUGGUUUGGUGCAGCUCAUUUAAACAGUUUGUUAAAAACUUUGUGCUUCAUAAAAAUCAGUGAGACACACCCAGUGAUCCUCCCGAUUGAUCAGGUUUUUGUUGUGUUCACUUCAGCACAGCCUUAAUAAAGAUGCUUCAACAGAGA